AUCAUGCGCCACAUUCGACAUCAGCUCCUCAUUAUCUCUCUGUGGGUCGUUCAGUGAAGGUCCAAAAUUAAUAGAAUUUCUGUGAGCAAGUUAUUUUUGUAUUAAAGUGCGUGUUAAAAAAAAAAGAAAAAUGAUUUUCCUAAUUCUUUCGUCGAUCACCCUAAUCACCUGCCUCUACUACCUCUUUAAUCUCAUCCUUUGGAUUUCCCUGGAUUGCGAUAUUGAAUUGUUCAUCAAGAGUAAAUUCGGGAAGAAAAUAUCUUCUUUGAGUGGAAAAGUUGUGUGGAUCACUGGAGCUUCAUCUGGGAUUGGUCAGAGUUUGGCACACACCCUCGCUACCCAUGGCGUCAAGUUGGUUCUCACAGCACGACGUGUGGCAGAGCUGGAGAAAGUCAAAGAGCAAUGUCUCACAUUUUCCGGUGGGAAACUCAAAGAAAAAGAUAUCCUUACCAUGCAAAUGGAUAUGCUGCAAUUGGAGCGUCAUGAAGAAUUCUUCGGGCGAGUCAUUGAACAUUUUGGCACGCUGGAUAUCCUUGUGAAUAAUGCAGGAAGAUCUCAAAGGGCUGCAUGGCAGGAUAUCGAUUUGAGCGUUGAUCGUGCCCUAUUUGACCUCGAUGUCUUCAGUGCAAUUAAUUUAUCAAGAAUUGCUGUUCGGUACUUCCUGGAUAAGGGGAUUAAUGGGCACAUUGCUGUAAACUCCAGCAUUGCUGGAUUGAUGGCAAUUCCCAAUUCUGCAACAUACGUUGCAGCAAAGCACGCCAUCAAUGGCUACAUGCACGCCCUGAAGCUUGAGCAUCCUUACAUCAAGACGACAAUCUUCUGCGCUGGACCAACAUUCUCCGAAUUCCUCCAUGAAGCCUUUACAAAUAAGAUUGGCGAAAAAUACGGGCAAUCAGUUAAAUCGUCUGAUAAGAGAUUAACCGCCGAGAGGUGCGCUGAACUCUUCUCCGUGGCACUGGCAAAUGGAACUAAUCUCAAUUGGGCUGGAUGUUUCCCCUUCUCAUUCCUCCUCUACCUCAAAUACUACCCCAAUCUCUACAACUUUGUGAUCCAGUUGAUGGGCUCCAAGACACUCUACAAGAUCCGCGACAGCAAGUGAUGAGAGAAAAAUGAUCUUUCCUCCUGAUGGAGAACCAGAAAUCUCAUUUCUAUGCAUUUGAGUUGUUUAACGAUCCUUCUACCAAUAAAAAAAAUAGACGUGUUGGCAAAA